AAUUUUUCAGAACAGUUCAGUAUCUUUCCAAUUCCCUUAAUCUUCAUUUUCUGAUCAAUGAGGUCAGAAAUAUAUAAUUUUUACAUUAAACAAGAACAUGAGAUGGUAUAUAUUAAUGAUUUACUUUUCUAGAGUGUGCGACGUUUUGCUAGAGAACUGACUUUACAAGUGCCAACCCUCAUUCACUUGACUCCCCUUACAUUUUGGUUGGAUAUUAUGUCAUAUUCCUCCUGUCUGAUUACAUUUGGGCUGUUUAUGAAGUUUAAUGGAAGCAUUGUUGUGGGAGACAAAUCAGCGCACGAAGCAACAUUUCAUAUUCCACAGUUGUUUUACUUUUCUCUGUUUUGUUUAGUUUUUUCUUGGCCAGUCUUUCUGUUUGAGUUAUAUGGCUUUCUACGAUGUGCAAUCAGUCAUAAAAAGAAAGUUGUAUCAAUUGCAAUAUUAAUGGCAAUAAUUGUAUUCUCAAAUACUUUGGUUCAUCCAUACUUGUUAGCGGACAACAGACACUACACAUUUUAUGUAUGGAACAGAUUGUAUGGCCCAAAGAUAUAUUUCCGAUAUUUUAUGAUUCCUAUUUAUAUGUGGGCUUUAUAUGUUAUGGUAAAGUAUUUGUACAACAAACACGAUAUAAGCUUUCUCAUAAUGUACAUACCAUGUCUUGCAGCAGUGCUUGUAACCCAAAAGCUCGUAGACGUGAGAUAUUUUUUAAUCCCUUACAUUAUCUUCAAAUUAAAAAUGGAAUAUACUAGCAACAUCUCACUCUUUUUGAUAGCUGAACUUAUUACAAACUUGAUGAUGAAUAUCUUUGUAUUCUAUCGCUUUUUCUACAGACCCAUCCCUUGGGCUGACUACGAAGAAUUGCAAAGGUUAAUAUGGUAAUUGGUUUACAUUUUGUGUUGUGUCAGUUUUUCUGAAUAAUUCCGAAUUAUUUUCAUGUAUAAAAGUAAAUACAUCGUUUGUAGUAAUCGAAUUUGUUCUUUAUUGUUUCUUUUAAGCUUUUGCUGUGGUGCAUACCAUAUGUUCAUGUGUCUGAUGUCUGUGAUUCAACACUUGUUCAAUUCUAAGAAGACUGAUAGUUCUUAAAUUUGUUCAAGUUGUGAAUUGUGUUGAAUGUUCAAUAAAGUUUUGAUAAAAUGAA